AGAUGGCGCGCCACUUUUUUUCCCAGUUCCUUCGUGGCGCUACAUCAAUUUUGAAGAACUUCCUGGUGCAGCUGGCACGCCACCAGCUCCAGCAGACGCAGCAGAUCCAGAAGCACCUCAGGAGAACGCAAAUUUCCAGUGUUCAAGUCUUCCACCUGACCAGUUUGCUGAAAUGCUCAAGACUUUCACAGUUCCUGUGAUGCUCAACAGUGAGUUCGCGCAUAUCUUGAAC